AUGUACGUGGACGGGCUGCGCCUGGACGACAUCCGGGGUCAGGUCGACGCCAGCCCCUUCUACGUCUACUCCCAGGCCAAGAUCCGGGCCAACCACGCGGCCUAUGCCGCGGCGCUGGAGGGCCUGCCCUCCCUCAUCGGCUACGCCAUCAAGGCCAACAACAACCUGAAGAUCGUUGAGCUGCUGCGCGAGCUGGGCUCCGGUGCGGUGCUGGUCUCCGGCAACGAGCUGCGCCUAGCCCGCGCCGCCGGCUUUGACGUGGCCCGUACCAUCUUCAACGGCAAUGGCAAGCUGCCCCGGGACCUGGAGUUUGCGGUGCAGCACGGCGCGCUCAUCAACGUUGACUCCGAGUUCGACCUGGGCAACAUCACGGCAGCGGCGCGGCGCGUGGGCCGCACCGCGCGCGUGCUCAUCCGCAUCAACCCCGACGUCGACCCGGGCGUGCACCCCUACGUCUGCACCUCCAUGUCCGAGUCCAAGUUUGGCAUCCGGAACAGCCACCUCCAGUGGUUCCUGGACGCCAUCAAGGCCGAGCCGGGCGCGCUGGAGCUGGUGGGUGUGCACAGCCAUCUGGGCAGCACCAUCACCAAGGUCAGCAUCUUCCGUGACGCCGCCCUGAUCAUGGUCGACUUUGUGAAGGAGAUGCGGGCCCAAGGCUUCCCCAUCCAGUUCCUCAACAUCGGCGGCGGGCUGGGCAUUGACUACCGUCACGAGGGCGCGGUGCUCCCCACCCCGCGCGAUCUCAUCGACACGGUGCGCGACCUGGUGUCCUCCCUGGGCAUCACCCUGAUCAUCGAGCCCGGGAGGUCCAUGGUGGCCAACUCCGCCGCCUUUGUCAACACCGUCACAGGGGUGAAGACCAACGGCAACAAGAACUUCAUCGUGAUCGAUGGCUCCAUGGCCGAGCUCAUCCGGCCCUCCCUCUACUCCGCCUACCAGCACAUCGAGCUGACCGCCCCACACCACACCCCCAAGGCCGUCUACGACGUGGUGGGUCCGGUGUGCGAGAGCGCCGACUUCCUGGGAAAGGACCGCGAGCUGGCUACGCCCGCGGCGGGGGACGGGCUUGCGGUGCUGGACGCGGGGGCCUACUGCAUGGCCAUGGCCUCCACCUACAACCUGAAAAUGCGGCCGGCGGAGUACUGGGUGGAGGGGGGGGACACCCUGAAGAUGAUCAGGAGGGGGGAGACCCUGGAGGACCACCUGAAGCUGUUCGAGGGCCUCUGA